AGUAAUGUGACUUUUAGUGAUACGAACUUGUUUCAUCCGUUGAUCCUUAUAAGAAAUAUAACUUCGAAGGUCGUUAAGCGUUCAUAAUUUGUGACACCACCAAAAAGUGAUGAUUUCUUAUAGAUGAGUAUUGAUGAAUCGUCUGGAAGUGUAGUCCCCACAGGACAAUUAUAUCACGAGAAACAACAAAUGCAGCUCUGUUUGAUGCAUACGCUGAAUACUUUGUUGCAGAGAAAUGAAUUUAAAAAGGUUGAUUUGGAUUGUAUCGCGGAGAAUUUACAUAGAUCGCGCUGGUUCAAUCGACACCGUUCAAUGUUUGGUUUUGGCAAUUACGAUAUUAACGUGCUGAUCGCGGCAUUGGAAACAAGAAAUCUACUGUUAAACUGGUUUGAUUCGAGGCGUUCCACUGCCUGUUUGGAUUUUUCGAAGAUUUUCGGUUUCAUAUUCAAUAUCACAUCACGUGGCUUUAUACCGUUCUGGACAGGACAUCACUGGUUCACUGUGCGGCAAAUAGGUGUGGCCGGAUUUUUCAAUUUCGAUUCAAAAUUGGACGAACCAGUGCCAAUUAAUGACUUUGUUGCAUUUUCGGAUUCACUAUUAGCAAAGGGAGCUCAAUUGAUGGUUGUUGUUGAACCUCAAAAUGCUAACAGUUAUUUAUUGAAUAAUAAGUGUUUGGUUUGA